UAACUUCGAACGGUGCCGGUAACUAACGAACGUGUUAUCAAUAAUCGUCAAGGAAAUAAAUUCUAAUGUUUAAUUUUUGAAUUUUUAAAACGGGUAUUAGAUUAAUAUAAAAAAUAUACUAAUAAAAAAUAUAAUAACUGAUGUGUGAAAUAGGCUUCCGUAGAGGGUAUGUUUAUUGAAUAUUGAAUUCUAGUUGUGAAAUUUGUUUGCAGCGUGCGCCGCAUUCAGAAAUUGUUUCUCUCAUACUCGUUCUCUAAAGUACCCGGCCAAGUAAAUUGAGUCUGACUUGUGAUUACGAAAGUGUAUUUAUUGAAAUUUAUUUUGAAAAAUGUUUAACUGUCAGAAUAAAUUAAACGGGAUGGAAAUAUCGAAAGAACUAAAAUGUGACAUCGAAUUAAGUCAAAACCAGUUAAAAUGUGCAAUUCGUAAUCAUCAGAAUUGCUUAUCUAAACUAAAAGCAGAUCCAUAUAAUGUGGAUCUACAGAAAGAAGUUAAUCAAGCUGAGGAACAAAUUAUCAUAAUUGGACUGGAACAGAAAAAUGUAAUUGAAAAGUUAAGAGAAGAGUAUAAAGCAUAUCAGAAGUCCCUGAAAAGCAAUAUUAUAAAAAAUGGAAUUGAAGAAAGAAGAUUCAAUUUAACUAAUGCUCUCAAUCGUGCCAGGAAACAAAACAUUGCUAUAACACGCUCAGCUUCUGCAACUUCUUUCUCUGAUGAGUCCAUCGAAAAUGUUUCUCUACAUUCCUCACCGGAACAUCAUCAAAAUCCAGUCGAGCCUCAUGAUGUUAGCCAGUCUGAGUUCCUUACUUAUUUCAGUUUGGCCACUCAUGAGGUCUAUAAAGAAAUGCAGAACAAAAGAGCUGAAAGAAAGCGACGUAGCACAGCAAACCCACAUUUUUUGUAUGGAAAUAAAGGUUGGGAUUUUUUGACGAACAAUAAACGUAAACGUAAUGCAUUCCUAAUAUCACCUAUUUCACCCCCGCAUACUCGUCAGUCGGUCAGGAGAAAGCAAGAACGAAUAUCGCCUCCGCCUUCAACACAUUCUGGUCUUAAAUCAGAGACAAAUGUUAUUAAGCCAAUUUUUAAUUCUUUUCCGACAAUUCCUAAUUUGCCCAGUGGCCUUAUAAUAGAAAGGGUUAGUCCUGGUAGUUCCUCUCCAGACUCCAGGGCAUGCAUAACGUGUAAACAACCAGGUGCUUUAUCCAUUUGCGAGGUUUGUUCGAACGGUUUCCACAUCAGUUGCCACAAUCGUCCGUUAGCUCAGACGCCAAGGCAAUGCCCGAGAUGUAUCAGCAAAGAAACAAAAACUGUUGGUUCCCUAAACGUGCCUUCCGGGAUGAGUGUCUCCUAUGUGACUCCAUCCGAAGUUUCAGAAAAAUUGAAAGAAAAGCAACAGUUGGAAGAACAAAAACAAAAUUUAACGGCGGAAUUGACGCAACUCCAAAAUCGCCAUUCACAAUUGACGAUUUCUUUAAAAAAUCAAAAGACACAACAGGACCAGUUAUUAACGACCCAACAGACGACAGAAGAUAAAAUUAAGCAAAUUUUAAGUUUCAUUGAAAAUAUGAAGAAACCGUUGGUUAGCGACUCAUGAUCUAAUGUUAUAUUGUAGACGUAAUUUGUACAUAUUUGUUAUAUCGUUAAGACUGAUUGUUUUUGUAUAACUACAUUUUAUAUUAAUACAAUUAUCACAAAAAUGUUAUUUUUUUUAUUCAGAAUUGAAUUAUAAUAAAA